AUGGACAGGGAUAAAUUUGUUCCAUUUAAAUUUGCUUUUAAUCAUGCAUCAUCACAAGUAUAUGGGGCACAAAGUCGUAUUGCUGGCGGUUUUGAAAUAUCAGAUAAUGAUUUCCGAACAUUUAAUUAUCAAAUUGGAAUGUAUAUUAAAAAAUCUGAUCGAAGUGUAUCAAUUUGUGGUGGUGCUCUAGUUCAUCCAUUAAUAAUUUUAACUGCUGGUCAUUGUGUUUAUAAAGCUACCCAGGUUUCAAUAUUUAUGGGAACACGUAUAAAACCGUAUUCAGAAUAUGAUCCAAAUAAUAUUAUUGUUGGUGCAGAAAAUAUUACUAUUCAUGAAGAUUAUAAUGAUUACACUUUGGGUGACGACAUCGCAUUAAUACGUUUACCAAGUCCAGUUGAAUUGUCUGCAACUGUUGGAAUUAUUGAAUUAGCAUCAUAUGACUGGAUUGAUUGUGAAACUGGAAUUGCUUGGGUUUCAGGUUGGGGUAAAAUGGGAGAUUCAGAUUAUUCCAUACCAGAUGUAUUAAAUUAUCUACAAGUAGAACCGAUUAGUUAUAAACAAUGUCAUGAUGUUUAUGAUUUCUUAGAAACUGGUAAACAAUUAUGUAGUUCAGGUGAUUUAUAUCAAGGAAUAUGUCAAGGUGAUUCUGGUGGCCCGUAUGCAUUUGAAACGGUAUUCGGAAAACGUGUUCUAUGUGGUUUAAAUUCAUUUGUUGCUCUUAGUGGUUGCAUUAAUAAUUGGCCAAGAGGAUAUAUUUCAGUUGCAUAUUAUAAUGAUAACGGUUGGAUUUGUAGAACAUCUAAUGGAUUAGUUGGUUGUUCAAGAUAUCAUAACAGACCAAUGUUUUAA